AUGAUAGAUUACAACGGAGAUGUUAUAGACGUGGAGGGAAACGACCUUCUAAUAAAUCACGCCGAUAGUAACGAGAAAGAUGGAAAAUAUAACGUCAGAUUGUUUAAACUAAAAUCCAAGAACGACAAGUCAAGGCAAUAUGAAAUAAACGACUCCAUGUCGUCCGAGGCCUUCUUGAAAGGGUAUCUACACAACAACUCCAAUUUGGUGAUGCUCUCAGAUGACACUUUUUCUCUCUACGAUUGUGAAAAAAAAAAAAAAAAUACGUUAAUAAAUUUAAAUGAUUGUGAACCAAGCGACUUUGUAUACUUUAAAAAAAACAUAAUUUUUAUACAAAAGAAUAAGUGUUCAUUAUUUCAAGCGAAGACAAAUGGCAAAUGUAGCAUUAUGCUAAAUUUGAAGGAGCCUCCCGUGAAGGUGAACUUUUGCUCUCAUAUGAAAAACAUUAUAUAUCUCAGUACCAAGAGUAGAGUAUACUUUUUAAAGCUUCUACAUUUGAAGGACAAAACGUUGAAACUGAGUAAUACUAACAUGAGCCUUCCUUCAAAAUCUCGACAAGAGGAAUAUGUAUAUCAUUCGCACAGAAAUGAACAUUCGCAAGGGAGGAACGAGUACAAGGAGGUUAUACACGUUUGUAGUUACUCCUAUAAGGAUGUCACUGUGUACAAAUUAGUGAAGGGACAAGUGAAGAAUAAGAAGAAGUGCCUCACGAAGCUCGAUAUAAGGAUGCUAAGUGAUGAGUUUAUAAAAGGGGUUUUCUUCUUCAAAGUCAAACAAUCUUCAAAGGGUUGCAAAUAUGGUGAGAAGUUGGCAGAGGGGGGGGAACAUCUUGCUACCUCCAAUGCAGGUGAUGAAGAAGUGAAUCCUGUGAAUGAUGUGAAUCAUGCCAACGAGGGAGAAAAUUCCCAUCAUGCUGUAGACUCCAAAGAAACCCUUGGAAUAGGUCAAAAUGGGGAGGUAGAAAUAGCCCAUGAAAAACACACAAGGAGCAUAUCCCCCGCGGAGGAAGAUGUUAUAAAGCUGUACCUACUUAUAUACAGCGAAAGUGGCAAAGUUCUGAUCUACCUCAUCGAUCACCUGAACAUGCCCGAUUUUAAGUUCGGUCUAGCACACGUAAACAAGUGCCCGUUAGCACACCUGGAACUUCCAUUCAAAGUAGCACAAAUAUACAAUGCAUCUGAUAAUCUUCUAAAGAGAGUAAUGAAACAAAAAUAUAUUAUAAAAAAAAAAAAAGAAAAUUCUUCGAAUUUUUCAAAAUAUAUGGAACAUAUGGAAAAUAAAUGCGCAUAUAUAAAUUGUAAUCUCUUCAUUGAUACAAUUUUUAUGAGUGAAAAAUCCGCUGUUAUUUAUACUAUACAAAUAUGUCAUAAUUUUUUAACAAUUCCAGAAGAUGGAAAAUCUGUGAUGCUGAAAGUGAUGAACACGAAUGAGAAAAUCGUGGCCAUUAAAGAUGUGGAGGAUAAUGAGGUGAAGAAAAAUUUGGUUCAUAAAAUUUUGAAUGAAUCUAAAUUUUCCUGCUAUUCUGAUAGCGACUCUUACAUUGACAGCGACAUCACGUGGAAUGACGACAGUGACAAAACGGAGAGUUGCGAUGAGGACAAGUCGGAUUACAGCGAGUGCGACGUAAGUGUGGACCAGGGCCAUGUCAAUAAUGCCACCGGCGAUGACGCAGUGAAGCAAGAUGUUCCCCUUCCAGGGGAAAGGACCAACUUAGUACAAAUGGUCUGCGAUCAGCCGAGUAAAAAUGAUUCAGAAGCUUAUGUCCCUGAGGGUGAGCACAACGAUGUGGAUGGCAACCAUGAUGGAAGUGAACUGCAUAAGGACACUUCCGCCCCUGAGGAAGAACCCUCUGAUGGAAGCAACCAUGAAACGGAUCAUCUCAAAGGGGGCGAGAAACACACCGCAAGGGAAACCUCCCAAGGGGCAGACGAAUUUGAAGUCACCACUAAUGUAUCAAGAAAUGAUGGAAGUGUGUCGAACUCGACGCGUGAAAAAAACGGGACGAACGCGUCGUGCAGUUCGACGCCUUCCCUAGGAGGAAGCGACAGUGUGCACGGCAGGGUGGAGGAGGAGGAACAAGCGGACGAAUUGGGAGAUGCAGGAAAAGUAAACGGAAUGAAUGAAGUGAAUGGACUGAACGGAAUGAACGGAAUGAACGAACUGAACGGAAUGAACGGAAUGAACGGAAUGAACGGAAUGAACGGAAUGAACGAACUGAACGAUGAUGUGGCCCAAGGGGGGGGUGAACAAAAGGAAGAGGAAGAGAAAAAAAGAAAAUUGAAAAAGGUGGAGGUUACAAAGGAAAAUUUUGCACAAGACGAAAAUGUUAAGAAGGUUAAAUUAGGAGACAAUUCAUUAGACGAGUUGACAUGUGAAGUGACAGAUGAUGUCCAGAGACGUAGCAGAACGAAGAAGACGGAGGAUUGCUUCAACGAUAUGGACAGCAAUUCCGAAAGUGAGAGGAAAAACAACGAUGAAAAAACUUUAGUUACCUCCAGUGAUAAAUUUCUAGCCUUGUCAUCCAUGAUAAAGUUAAAUAUAUCCCUAGGAAGAUACAAUACUAUAAUUAUGUUGGUUAAUGUAAAGGACAAGAGGUUGAUCAAAGAUACAGUUUCGAAUUUGGGAAAAAAAUAUUCCAUAAAAUUGUUAGAGGUUCUUUUGAAUUCUCUGGCGAGGAAUAGAUUUUUUCUAGGUACUUUUUUUUUCUGGAUUAAAGCCAUAUGUAAAGAGUAUAAAGACACGCUAAAGGGCAAGAAGCAUCGUAGAUUGGUAACCCAAAUAUCUCUCCUCGCGGAAAAUAAUUUGAAGAAUGAAUGUAUAAUAAAACAUGUUAUAAACAAAAUUGAUUUUACUGUCGAUCAUAUUAGAAGAAACCUAAUUUCAGACAAUGGUGAAAUUUUAAAUUAUCAAGAUGGAACCAUCAUGAAGUGA